CUUCCCAUCACCAUCUCCUCCCCUCCUCCAUCAAUCCACUUACUGUAGCCUCCUCGUCUUCCCCUUCGCCCUUUCGGCCUCACCGCAAGCCUCGGCAUGGCGUCACCCCGCGAUGUGCCACUCCAUCCGGCCCAGCCCCCGAGCGUGGAGCUUCGGCUCCAAGCCCCCUUGACGCCCUAGCGCCCCGGCGCUUUCACCGUCUUGGGUUUGGCACCACACAGUUGGCGAUGCCGCCUCCGACGCCCUCUCCACCGAUCCCCGUCUCAGAAUGGGGACGGGACGCGGCCGAGCAUAUUUAAGACAAGCUUUCCUCGGCACAAGCUAUGUACUGCCUGCUUCCUCUUUCUGUUGAGCCCUGGAUCCACGACGUUUGAUCCACGACGGACAUAGACCAAUAUCUGGACGACAAGACCAACACCUUGGACAACUAGACGAACGACCCAUCCCUGUCUACCACCUCGCCAUCCCACCAUCACCGCUACCAUGUCUGAGAGCCUGCGUGUCGUCCUCGCCGAGAGGCCCAAGGCUGAAAUCAUCCCCGGCCAGACCUUCAAGACGGAGAAGCAGCCCAUCCCCCGCGAGCAGGAUCUCAAGGAUGGCGAGGUCCUCGUCGAGAACCUCUACCUCAGUCUCGACCCCGCCAUGCGUGGCUGGUUGAACGGUGCACAAGCGUCUACCUGCCCCUGUCAGAUUGGCGAGACGAUGCGUGGAGCCGCCGUCUCUCGUAUUCUCGCCUCCAAGUCUGACAAGGCCGCCGCUGGCGAUAUCAUCCCGACCUACGCUGGCUGGGCUGAGCACGCCAUUCUGCCGCCCGCCGCCAUCCAGCCCGCCGCUGCCUACCCGCCCAUCUCCCACCCCACCGACUACCUCUCUGUCCUCGGCACCACCGGCCUGACGGCCUACUUUGGCAUGCUCCAUAUUGGUGAGCCCAAGGCCGGCGAGACCGUCGUCGUCUCUGGUGCGGCCGGCGCUACGGGCAGCGUUGCCGGUCAGCUGGCCAAGAUUCGCGGCGCCCGCGUCAUUGGCAUUGCCGGCUCCGACGACAAGUGCAAGUGGUUGACUGACGACCUCGGCUUCGACGUCGCCAUCAACUACAAGGACCCUGAUUUCCGCAAGAAGUUCAAGGAGGCCACUCCCAACUUUGUCGACGUCUACUUUGACAAUGUUGGCGGUGCCGUCCUCGAGGCCGCCCUCGACCGCGCCAAGGAGCACGCCCGCUUCGUCAUCUGCGGCGCCAUCAGCCAGUACAACACAGCUACGCCAGCCGGCCCCAGGAACUACACGCAGAUCAUCACCAUGCGCAUCAAGAUGCAGGGCUUCAUCAUCCUCGACUUCGCCAAGGAGUUCCCCCAGGCGCGCAAGGACCUCGCCCAGUGGCUCGACGAGGGCAAGAUCAAGCGCAAGGACACGAUCGUGCAGGGCGGCCUCCAGGUCGCCGAGCAGGCCCUCGUGGACCUGUACAACGGUAUUAACACGGGCAAGAUGAUUGUCGAGAUCAAGAACCCGGCGCAGGCCAAGCUCUGA